AGGUUUCAACGCAGGGGAUUACAUUCCAAGACGAAUGGCCCUAUUCGAUUCAUCUUCUAGGCAACAUCUACAUCGACGACAUAUGGCUAUUUGUCACUAAAGAUGACAUCAAAGGCUUACCUUGCUUCCAGGUUACUUUUGACAGAUGAUCACUUUGAACUCCAGCAGCUAGGUAAAGAACUUCAGCUGCAUCACAAACUUUUUCUUCGAUGCUGGACUAUGUGGGUGUGCACGAGGCCAUUCGUGGGUUCAAUUGGAGUCAAGAGACUCGAGAUCUUGUAGCCUCUUUCUUUGAAAGCAGCUGAAACGGAGCUAAUGAUUAGGUUCCCAUAUGGAGGUUCACUAUGAGACGACAGGUCUAGAGAUCUGGGAAGAUACAAGAGGCAAGGUGGACAUUUUUAUUGCAGGGAUCGGCACUGGUGGAACAAUUUCUAGGGUUGGUCGGUUCCUUAAACAGCAAAAUCCUAGCAUAAAGCUAUCCAGUGACGAAGCUGUAGAAACUGCAAAGCAGCUGGCACUCCAAGAGGGCUUGUUCAUGGAUGAACUCGUGCACAAAGCUAAAUUUCACAGGACAAAUUGGCACUUUUUGCAUUUUUGGAAGGAUUAUAUAUUUUUGUAUAGAUGUAUAUGGAAAAUAUUAGGGUAGAUUAGUAGUUAUAUUUUUGGAUACACUAGUAGUUAUAUUUUUGGAUGGGUGUAUAUA